AUGGCGGCGGCAGUGAACCUGGACAAGAUGCAGAAGAUCGUGAAUCACGUCUUCUUGCCACCCAAGCUACCUCACUCAGCAGACAAGGAUAGUGAAGUCGCCUUGAUCAACACUACACUAGAGGCGCUCAAGUCACUUCAUGCCCUCCUGCCUCAAGAGUCAUCCCCACAGGCUCUCGAUAACGCCAUCUCACUUCUCGAGAACACGAGUGCCACCAACAGCUUGCCCGGCGGUGAGGUAAAUGAGGUCGCGCUGAAGAAGAGAUUAAAGUCACUUGCGGUCGGGCGCACGAUAGCUGUCAAUGUCAGCGCCCAGAAUGCAGCAAUCCUAAUCACUCGGCUGCAAGACGAGCUUGUGUUUGAAGAGUUUGAGCUUUCGCCAAACGAUGAGGCCGUCCUUGGUACAAAGGGCAGGCUUGUUCGCUCUUUCCCAGCUCUAGCGGUGACAAUUAAAGCAAGCCUCCUCGAUGAAGCAGACUUCCGAAAAAUGGUCGCAUGUACCCUCUCGACCAUGUCUCAGCAGGAGGUGACCGAGAUGAUUCCCACUUCGACGAAGUCUGGUACUUCGCAUGCAGAGAUUCGAGACACUGUCCAUCCAGCAAUGGUGUCUGAACUGUUCUUCGGUGUUCUGAGAGGCAUUGGCAACCCUGCUGAUGUCACCGCGAUCUCCAAGAAUACUCGCGAUGAAGUGCUCUGGAACGACGCCCUACUGCCAUGGCGCCGAUCGCGAAUGUGGCUAUUGCUUCGGGUAGCUUUGCAGCUGGUCAUUGUACGUUCUGCUGACGGCUCGUACACGCUCUACAAGGAAGUCAUGGUUUUUAUCAUGAGUCGGAUCCUUCGGACAGCGAACGGUCUGCCUUCCGACAUGAUCUUCUCCAUGAAAGCCAAGCUUCAUAAGCGCAUGCAGAAACUUGCACGAGGUCCAUCACUCACCCUUCCCACUCUGGUCAUCGCGGAUAUCAACCACACUUUGCAACAAGCGUCAGAUUCUCUUUCCCAAGAGUGGGCUUCACAUCAGCGACGCGAUGCACGAGAUCUGCAUUUAGACCGACUGGCGGCGUUGGACUUCGAUCGAGAUACGCACGUGGACCUUCCCACACUCGACAAGUACAUCGAAGCCAUUGCCUCUCGCACCUCAACUCCAAGCACUUCCUCUUUCGUGCCGACUUCUCAGCUCAAGAAGUACAAGCCAAGCGAGCUCCCGAUACUGCCUAGCAGGAACGCCGAUGAUUCGUACUAUGCGGCAGCCAAUAUAUCGGCAUUCGAGUUGUGGGUCGCUAAUCAUCUUGAUCGUUGGUUCAUCGUGGCUCAAAGCGAUGCAUGCAGCAAGCUUCAUCAGCUCAUGGUUCAAUAUCACUCAAUGGUAGAAGUCCACUCAAGUGGCAAUCCCGAGGCUACGUCCAUCAUGCUGUUGACCAUCUUCGAGCUCUGGGUCGCUUGCGACGAGCUCGCAACGAGAGAGUGCUCCUUACUCAGCGAGUACGAUCCUGGCAUUCCCAGCAGCCAGCUUCAAAAUCUACUUCUGCCAUCACUCGACCAGAUGAAGAGACUUGCGAAGGUCGAAGAGUAUUUGGAGAAGCGACGCAUUCAGGCCACGAAGACGCAAGACCGUCUGUUCGCCACGAAGGGUAAUGAUGGCUUUGCUUGCAGAUACUCCAGUGAUUCUCCCGAGCACAAAACCUUGCUUCUCCAGAUAGAGCAAGACGCGACCACGGCUCGCCAGAAGAAAAAGCUCGAGCUUGAGCAGCUGCAAGCUGAAUAUCGUCGUCUCGACCAGCUGUAUGACCAAACAGACCACCAGUACAAGGACGAGGUUACUCGAGACGCCAGUGGUGUAUCCAGGACAGUUCGAGCUCAUCUGGGGUGCUGUGCGAAGGAAGCACUAGCGCUGAAGCGUGAUGCACUGUCGAUCAAGGUACACGAAUGGCCUAUACCGAAAGAUCCUCAUGAAGCCAAGGCUGUGGUGUUCGAGCUACGGGUGCCCGAAUGGUUUGGACACUGGCGAGAGGCUCAAAUGUACCUCCUCAGCGAUGUUCUUCUCGGCGAGCGUUCCAAGACUGCUACUCCAGUCACUUAUCUGCUGUCGUCUAACGACCCGCAUCUUACGUCCAAGUACUUCGAGAGAUCGGCUGGUGGCCGAGUCAAUCUAUUGUCAGUGGUCAAGCCUGUGCUCAAUACGCAUUACAGCAACAAGGCUGUCUUGGCAUUGAGCGAUUCAGAUGUUUGUGUUGCCAAUGGACUAAAAUAUCGGCUGUACGAUACUAAGACCGCAUCUUAUCUUGGCUUGACAACAUUCAACGAUCAAGUCCCAAGGACUUGCACUUACACGCUGCCGUGUCAAGCCUUGCAGCGUUUCAUCUUUCGACCAGCAUCCGCGCCAGAUGGUCCAGCGCCGAACUGUGUGAUAGCUGCGCAGGACAGCUGUCCAGAGUCCAUGACACUCGAAGAGUAUCGGGAGCUAGCUACACUGCCACUUGGACGCCACAUUCAAUGGGCCAACAUUCGUCUUCAACUUGCUAUGCCGGGCGUGGAUUUUAAGAAGCUUGAGAGCACCCUGGUGAUUCUUCAAUGCAUCUACCAGGCAGGCCCUUCGAACUCGAAGGUCUUCCGCGAGAGUCACGACAUGUUCAACGAUCACGAGAAAGCAUCUUGCCUCAUCAAAGAUCUGUCAACAGCCCUGCAGCGGGUGAAGGGCAACUGGGAAUCAGCCCAGGCUCUUUACGCCUUCAUCGCCAUCGGAGCCCGUGCACUGUUCCUCAGCGCAUCGAUCGCGGUGAAGGCAUCCUGCCUUGCAUUCUUGGCCAGUGCCAGAACCGUGGCGAUGAGCUGGGUACAUCAGUUGAGGGAGAAGGCAUUCGCAGCGGCAGAGAUCGCGGACAAAACCGCAUUCGUGGCCAAGAGCGUUGAGUUGGCGCUGAUUUGCUCUUCCACGUUCAACGUCGAUGGUGAUCAUGCUGCUCAGAUCCUGGCGCAAACGCAAAAUGUAUCGGCGCUCGUACAAAUGUCUAUCGUGAUCCAGGAAGGCGAGUACAGCAUGCCUGCGGACCAGAAACAACAGAUCGCUCCACUUGCACUGCGGCACAAGAAGCUUCUUCAUCGCUUGUAUCCUUUACUCGCUGAGCAAAUCGAAGGCUUGGAUGAUGCUGUACAUCAAGCUUGGUCGGCAUAUACAGCAGGUACUACUGGCUGGGCUCCUGUCUCUGAAUCCGCAGAUCAUUGGCUCAGUACAUCUUCUGCUUCUACGAAUGGUUUUAGUACGAGCGUACACUUGAACCUGCUCAGUGGCGAGCUCCUUGUCAACGGCUUACCCUUGGAUCAGCCUCCGAAAGACUACCGUGCUCAUCCCAUGUAUCACACGCUUUUUGGUCAGGCUGCAGUAGAAGUGAUGCCCUCCACAGUUCCUGGGUUCACAUUCAGCACCAAGCGGAGCUUUGGAGGAUGCGCAAUUCAUCUAGGGAUGAACUCGUCAUGCACACCCGCAGACCUCAUCGUCAGGGCCACAAAGGAUGGCCGCACGUACGAGACAAUUCCACCUCGCUUCUUCGAGUCAAGCUAUCCCAGUCACUUCGCAGAUGAUUACGUCCAUUGGUAUGAUCUAUCAUCAAAAGCUGUGGACUUUCGGCCAGUACACACUCUAUGGGAUGCGUCUUCAUCAGAGCUGUACACGCUCUCAAAGCGUCCCCGUGAGGCCUCGUGGCGUCUAAGCAGAGCUGGGUGUACCGUCAUGAGUCGCAAGAACCACACUUCCACCAGUGUGUAUCAUGUGCUCAAUCCGUUUGCUAAGGACAGCCGCAUUCACAAUAUUCUACAGCCAUGUCGCAAAGAACUUCACGUCAAUAUUCCGACACUUCGACUUGGCUUCACUUUGUGCGAAGGGGCCGAGAGCAUUGAAUCCAAGGAGUAUCGUUCCAUGAUCGUUGACAGCGAUCAGACCGCCAAGACCUUAAUCGGUCUGCACAGCAAGCUUGUUCUCAAGUCGUUGAAGCGUGCCGAUCGCUUGAUACUCAUUCCAGAGUCAAGCACUGUUGAUCACGAGUAUGUCGAUGGUCACACGGUCCUCAAGGUUCCACGAUACUCGAUCACAAGAGUCCAUGCCGUACACGUCGACUCACUGCUCGGCCGCAUAGCAGACAACGGCGAUCUCGGUGCCAAGCUAUACCUUGCUUAUCUGCAUGCCUUGACUUCCUUCUGUCUCGUCGAUCCUUUGACGCACAAGACUGGGACUGAGCAAGCCCUGACGAUUCUUGCUUCUGCCGCUGUUCGGUCAUUUGCCCAGCUCUCCCAGCAGCACGUGGACCGACUCGAACAGCUAGCCAACCUGACUCCUGGCCGCCGCUUUUAUCCACCAUACAAGCGAGUCAUGCAGACUGUAGACUGGAAUCGGCGACUCAGCUUUCUGUGUCAGCAUGGACACUUCGUCGAUGCGGUGAAAGCACUACUACAACAAUCAGAGCAAGCUGCAAUCUUCUAUCCAGACACGAAGCUACUGCUGCCUUGUCUUGAGAAGACAGAUGGGUACUUGUUGCAACGAGACAAUGUUUCAUCUGCUACGGUGAGAAUCUCUGGUUAUGGCGCUGAAGACUUCACGAACCAGCAUGAUCAUGUUUAUAAUGGUCGAGAUCGGGAUGUCCACGGCUAUCGGGCGAUGCGUGCAUCCAGUAUGUCUCGUCUCUUCUCGAUCGAAGAUGCUGGGGUCCCUACGCCAAUCUUGAAUGCCAGGCGGCUAUGGCAGGAGCUCUGCAACGUCGACCAAGUCUAUGGGCCCAGUGUGCUGGACGAUGUACGCAAGGUCAAGUAUGACGCUCUCCUGCUCAAAGACGGAUUCGCUACUGUCAUGCAGCACCUUCUAGGCUGGCAUAAAUGGCUAUCGAAGCCGACCGAGUCUUCGAAACAAAAGUUCGCUAUCACCAUGUGGCUCUCGACGAUAGCCUCGACGUUGAAUGCAGACGAAGGCAUACUGCAGGCAGUUGCCAUGCUCUUGAAGUCGAAUGCUCUGGCCCUCAUCGAGAUUCCAGACUCAUCCGCCUUCCAUCCGAAGCGUGGACUCGCCUUCGACCGUUCUGCGCUACGUGGUGCUCUUUCGCUUUCUCGACGCAGUCUAAAGCAGUGUCCAGAGAGUACCAUGGCUCAGCAGCAACAUGAGAAGAACAAGCAUUUCAACAGCCGGCGCCUUAACGCAUGGCGGAGCGCAAGCGAUCCUGCAGUUGAGACCUUUAUGUCCCACAUCGGUUCUCAGUGGCCAUCCAAUGACCCAAUUGCUCCGACUGACCAGCGUCUGUCGACAUACAUUGAUAUCCCGGCUGCCAUGGGAGCAGUCAAGAAGCAAUUCAAGAUUUGGCAAGACAACGGCCGCCUCGAUAGCUAUGUAACGGUCCUCGAGCAGACUAUAUCGAGCCUCCCGAAUGUGGACGUCGUGGUCGAGACUGCGACGGUAAAAGUCCUUCCAGCAGCACUCAGUCGUUCUGGUCAUGUCGCCAAUCAUGAGCUGUUUAGAUUGCCAGUACCUUCGCUGCCUGUGAACUGCCACAGUCUUGAGCUCCGCACUCAGCGUAGGGGCUCUCGCCGUGGCACUCCGCCACUGAUGGGCUCACUGAUCACUACCUUCGCAGCUGCAUCUGGACAAUCGUAA